AUGAAUGACAUGGUUUUAAAGCUUAUAGAAAAAUCAGGUUAUGCAACAGAGGAAGAUGAGGCUAAGAUUACAGGAUUACAACAAAUUGUUUUGAAUUGCCUAUGGUUAAAUGUAAAGGAGUCCUGUAACUUAGUGUCACUCAUGAUCCAAUACUACAAGUGUGAUAUGGAUUUGGAUGUAUGCCGAAAAUCCCUUUAUGUGCUUACAAAAGUUCUUGAGACAUCUCGCCAUAAAGGAGUCAUAGAAGCAGCUGGUGUAGCCCUUGGUGAAUCUAUACAAACAUUAACAUCAUUACCAGAAUGUCAGCUAUCAAGUCAACCAUCACUUUUAUUGGAUCAAAAAUUAAAAGAGUUUAUUUCAGAGGCUAGCAACAUGGCAUCAGUUACUAGACGGGGUGCAGGAUUGUCUAUAAUGGUUCAUAGAAUUGUUAGCAAUGACAUGCAAACAAAUAAGCCUCUGUUCCACCAUUUUAUAAAUACCUUAUUAGACUGCUGCAAAAUAUUGCAAGAUGAUCCAAGAUGUUUAUCAAAUGUUCACAAUAAAAAGGAUUUACCUAAAGCUAUUUAUAUUCAUUUUUUGACCAGAAUAGUUACUGAUAGUAGUUUAACAACAGAAGUUAUGUAUUAUUCAGAAAAAUUGGUUGAACUUGCUUUUGAAAAUAUCAUAAGUUCACAUUGGCAAAUAAGGAAUGCAGCACUCCAAUUGUAUGGCGCUUUAGUUCCAAAACUAAUUGGUCAAAAGAAAGAUUGUGGUUCUGAAGAUGAAGUUACUGCUACUGUAGCUUGUGAUGAAUUUCGUACACACUUCCCCCAACUGUGGAUCUUUAUCUUGAAUCAAUUGAAACAAGAUAACGAGAAAGAAAACCUACAAUUCCAUUCUAAUUUAUUGCCUAUAUUAAAUAUUCUAGGAUUC